AUGGCCAAGUCGCGUGGCGCCAAAGACAAGGCGCAGAGGCUCCGCGAUAUGGGCUUUGCCAGCGCCGACGUGGACGAGGCCUUGCGCUGUUGCCGCUCCAUGUGCCGAGCAGUGGAAUGGCUGACAGCAGCCAGCGCGCAGGCACAGCAGCAAGCGGAAGGCAACAACAUCUCUCAGGCCCCAGUCGUGACGCCACCGCGGGGCGUGUCCGCGAUGGCCCCGCCAGAGCAGGACGAGGUGGAGGUGGCCCCGAGGGCACCCGCCUUUCCGCGCCGCAGCUUAGGGCCUGCACGGCUAGCGUCUCCGCUAUCUCCGCGGCUGAGCUUGAGCCGCUUGGCCUCCCCCGUGUCCCCACGCUUGAGCUUAAGCUCGCUCCUGUCAGUCCCCGCGGACCUCUGGAGUGCCGACCAGUGCCAGGCCGCAGCGAAGGAGCUGCUUUGUGCCGGCAAGAGGAAGAGAUCCACGGAAACUGCAGAAACCCAGCGGCCAAGCUUCGUGGAGCCAAUGCCUGCGCCAGAAGCCGUCGAGGGAGCGAGGCCUCGCAGGCGCCUCCGUGGCAAGCAGCCGCCGGAUGGCGAAAGGCACAGGGCUGCCCCAUUUGUGCAGCCGACUGCCAAAGCCCCGAAGGCCUCGGUGGGGAAAGCCGCCAAAGGGAGGCCUGCUGAGAAGUUCUCGGAGAAGCACCAGAAGUGGGCCAUCCAGCUCCGCGACAUGGGCUUCACGAAGCGGCGCAUCGACGCAACUCUCCCGGAAUGCCGCUCCUUGCGCGAGGCAGUCGAGAGGCUGUGCGGAUAA